AUGGCGAUUGUUUGUGGCGAGAAGCUCGGAGAUCGGUUGGAGGCGCCUCGACUGAUUUGUGGUUUUAACCAGUUUACAACACCAGAGGGCGACGAUGACGAUGACGAUGACGCCGACUCAUGUAUGGAUGAUUCUAUAUCACAAGACUCUAUUCCUAAGAUGGGAAUGGAGUUUGAAACCGAAGCUGAGGCAUAUGAUUUUUAUAUGAAUUAUGCUAAAGCAACAGGAUUUGGAACUCGAAAAAUAUCUGCUCAUAAGGAUCCAAUUACAGGCAAGGCUUUGGACGUAACUUUUUGCUGUUGUAAAGAAGGUUUUAGAGCAACAGACAGUCGAGUUGUUACAGUGAAGAGACCUCGUCCUGAAAUUAGGUGUGGAUGUAAGGCUAUGUUGAAAAUCAACUGUAGAUACAGUGGAGAGUUUCGUAUUGUGAAAUUUGUUGAAGAACACAAUCAUGAUUUGUGUGAUCCGGAACAGUCUUACAUGUUUAGAUGUUUCCGGCAAUUGUCUAAUGUUCAACAAACUCAAGUUGAUGAUGCUCAAAGUUGUGGGUUGCCUCCAAAGAAAAUUCUGGAUAUAAUGGCAAAAGAAUCUGGUGGAAUUCAACAUCUUGGUUUCACUCAUAUUGAUUUGAAGAAUUAUUUGAGAACUAAGAGGACUUCGGGGAUUAAACAAGGUGAUUGUGGAGGUGUGUUACAAUAUUUACAAAGGAUGAUAAGUGAGGAUCCACACUUUUACUAUGCAAUACAGCUGGACGCGGAAGAUCUAAUUACCAAUAUAUUUUGGACCGAUGGUAGAAUGAUACAAGAUUUUGGUCAUUUUGGUGAUGUUGUUUGCUUUGAUACUACCUAUAGAAAACAUCGAGAUGGUAGACCAAUUGCUUUGUUCGUCGGCGUAAAUCAUCACAAACAAACAGUUGUGUUUUGUGCAGCACUAUUAUACGACGAAACAAUUGAAACUUUUGAGUGGUUGUUUAGUGCAUUUGAAGAUGCCAUGAUGGGAAAACGACCAAAGACGAUCUUAACUGAUCAAGAUCAAGCGAUGAGCGCUGCUUUAGCUUCCAAGUGA